GCCCUCCUCUCUCUCUCUCUCUCUCUCUCUCUCUCUCUCCUCUCUCUGUGAUGAUUUCGUAGUAUUGGCAUUUCUCUUUCCUCCCCUCCUCCAUGAACGUAGUAGCCUGUAGACCACGAAACCAUCAAAGAGAGGAGAGGCAUCGUCGUCCUUAGGAUAAUUUGGUGCUACGCCACCGCUGCGGAAAGGGAGGUUGGCUUUUAGGCAGCCUCCUCCUCCUCCUCUUCCUCCUCCUGGAUUGAAUUGGGGUUGAUUUCUUGGUGUUUUCUUGAUUUUGGCCCUGUAAAAGAGGGAGCUUUAUUUAUUUUUUUUCGAAAGUUCGAUUCUCCUGUGUUGUCAUUCCCAAUGGUGAUGUCAUCUGAUAACGUGCACGGACUUGUUUUGGCCCUCUCGUCGAGCGUCUUCAUCGGUUCUAGCUUCAUUGUCAAGAAAAAGGGGUUGAAGAAAGCUGGGAUAACUGGAGUCAGAGCAGGUUCAGGGGGUUAUUCGUACUUAUAUGAACCCUGGUGGUGGGUAGGAAUGAUAACCAUGAUUGUUGGGGAGAUUGCCAAUUUCGCUGCCUAUGCAUAUGCUCCUGCAAUUCUUGUUACACCUUUGGGAGCACUGAGUAUCAUCUUCAGUGCAGUGCUUGCCCAUUUUAUCUUGGAGGAGAAAUUGCACAUCUUUGGUGUGCUUGGAUGUGUUCUUUGUGUGGUGGGUUCCACGAGCAUCGUCUUACAUGCUCCAAAGGAACGAGACAUUGAAUCCGUUAAACAAUUGUGGCGCCUCGCCACCCAGCCAGGUUUUAUCGUGUAUACUGUUGUAGUUCUCAUCGUGGUUGCUGUUCUUAUUUUCUGCUAUGCACCACGUUAUGGACCUACUAAUAUGAUGGUUUAUAUUGGGAUUUGCUCUCUCAUGGGUUCUCUAACGGUGAUGAGUGUUAAAGCAUUGGGCAUCGCCCUGAAGCUCACAUUUUCAGGAAUGAACCAAUUCAUUUACUUCCCGACAUGGUUCUUCACCAUUGUUGUCGUCUUUUUUAGUCUCAUGCAGAUCAACUUCUUGAACAAGGCGCUCGACACCUUCAAUACUGCUGUAAUAUCUCCAGUGUACUAUGUGAUGUUCACGACAUUCACCAUCCUUGCCAGCAUGAUCAUGUUCAAGGACUGGGAUUCUCAAAAUGCAUCACAAAUCGUUACUGAGUUGUGCGGUUUCAUCACUAUACUCUCCGGAACGUUCCUUCUUCACAAAACCAAAGACAUGGGAGAUGAGAAAACCUCCAACACCCCUCCGGUCUUUUCAAGUCCACAAAAUCCAAACUCAAACGCAAACGAUGGAUAGUAUGAGUCAUCGAUGCAUCUAACCUUUCUUGUUAAAAGCCCGCCCUGGCAGUUUCCGAAUGUACAUGGGAAUGAGCACAAGGGAGAACAGGAACAACAGACUUUUCUCACCUGAAGAUGACUGGCGCUGGAGGGAAAGAAGGUUUAAAUUUUUGUCAAUGCCAAAAUACCGGAGCACCAUCCGACAUAGUUUUGUGGGGAUUGGCAAAAUGGUGUGAUACCCAUGUAGGAUCAAUCUUUGGUUAUUUUACCGACAGUUCGCUUCCACUUUUUUUACUUUGCCAUUUAUAUUGGUUUCCCAUACUCCGCCAGUGAACAGAAUCUUGAUGCACUGUGAAUAUGUCCAGCAAAGCUUUAUUUGUCUUGUGCAGGAACCUCUGGAGUAGUUAUGAAUUGUUUGAAACAAAGAAAUUCCACACUAUACCAAUCUUUUUUCUGGUCAUUAGCUUGUGCGUGUUAGUGUUGUAUCUUUGUUAUAUUCAGAAUGAAAUUGCGGAAGUUUAUGAUGUC